AUGCAUAAAGGACUUGUCCGGUAUUUAGGUUAUAUGUGCAAUGAUUGUGGGUACUGUGGCUCGAGUUCUGUGAAUGGGCAAGGCAUGGAAACUAUUGGGUUUUGGGCGUAUAUAAUGGAUUGUCAGACUUAUGAAUCAUUGAUGAAUCGAGGUUGGAGACGCUCUGGUCGAUACAUUUAUAAACCCAAUGGAAAACGCUCUUGUUGUGUAUUAUAUACAAUUAGGUUAAAUGCACAAGAAUUUCGGCCAAGUAAAAGUCAUAGGAAAGUGCUUCGACGCUUUCAUCAGUACAUUUGGGGAAAAGAUAUAAAAGAUUCUCAAUCUUGGAAUUUGUAUGAUACUAUUCAUACUAUGGAGACAGAUGAAAUAGUUAAGAAAAAUUGUGAAGUAAACAAUCAAUUUAUUCCUUUCCAUACAUUCAAGGUCACUUUCGAGUCAGCUGCAUAUACGGAUGAGAAGUAUGCUUUAUAUGUUAGUUAUCAGACUUCUGUGCAUAAAGAAACAUUAAAUAAUUUAAAAAAAGAAAAUUUUAUUCGGUUUCUUUGCGACACUCCUUUAACAUAUGAACCUGAAACCGGAUAUGGUUCUUUUCAUCAAUGUUACAGAUUAGACGGAAAGCUUGUUGCUAUGGGAGUGAUUGAUGUUUUACCAAGUGGUAUUUCAAGUGUUUAUUUUAUGUAUGAAAGUAGUUUGCAGCAUUUAUGUUUAGGGAAAAUAAGUGUAUGUCAAGAGGUGUGUAUGACACAAGAAAGAAAAAGCCAAUUUUAUUAUAUGGGCUAUUAUAUUUAUAAUAAUCAAAAAAUGAAAUACAAAGGAGAAUAUCGACCAAGCGAGUUGCUGGAUCCUGAAACGUAUAUUUGGAUACCUAUAGAGAAGUAUAUAGAACAUUGGAAGGCUAGUGGAUCAUUAUAUGUUUCAUUUUGUUCUCCCAAAACUGUGUUAGAUACAUGUUCCUUUAUUGCUUCUACUAGUUCAUCACAUGCAGAUGUUAAAAAUCAAGAAACUUCUGAAACAUAUAAACAGAGUUAUAGCAACAGUCUUUUUGACUAUGACAUGCCUGGAACUUUAAAAGAAAAAGAUAUUCAACAUUUCGAUUUUGGAAAAAUAUAUGUUUUAGAAAAUAAAACGAUCAUACCUGCAACUCAGUCAACAUAUUAUCAAUCUAAAAAACAUGUUAGACGUAUAGUUACAGAAAGCGUUUCUGCUUUAGGAACAGAAUUGGCUGAAAAAUUAUGUUUAAUAAUCGAUGUAUAA